AUGCCAAUCUCGCAAGUCAUCGCGCAGAUUCUGGCGGACAAGAGGACGUAUGGUAUGCUCAUCGACACGGGCCUGCCGGUGCUGCAUCAUAGUACGCUGUACAACUGCCGUGUGCUUUGUCUAGAUGGACAGGUCUUGCUGAUUCGACCCAAGAUGCACCUUGCAAACGAUGGCAACUAUCGCGAAAUGCGCUACAGGCGGGGCCAAGUCGAAGACUUCAUCCUCCCAAACGACGAGAUCAGGCUCGUCACUGGCCAGAACUCCGUUCCUUUUGGAGACGCAGUGAUCCAAAGGCGAGACACCAGCUUGGGAGUAGAGCUAUGCGAAGAGCUCUUCACGCCCGACAGUCCACACAUUGCGCUAGGUCUCGACGGUGUUGAGAUCUUCAUCAAUGCCAGUGGCAGCCAUCACGAGUUGAGGAAGUUGCACCAGCGUGUGGAGCUCAUCCUGAAUGCAACUGCCAGGUCUGGCGGUGUCUAUCUCUACGCCAACCAGCAAGGCUGCGACGGUGACCGGCUGUACUACGACGGGUGCGCGCUGAUCAGCGUAAACGGUACAAUGGUGGCACAUGGCACUCAAUUCAGUCUCAACAGCGUCGAAGUCGUCUCUGCUACCGUUGACUUACAGGAUAUGCGAGGUGCUCGAACAGGCAAGAGCCGUGGCUUGCAUUCAUCUACUGCCGAAGCUUCCACCUCUUCAAGCUCAUUCAAACGAAUUUUUGCAGAUAUCAGGCUUGGUUUGGAGGAUCCGUUUGGCAUCGGCAAGGGGUCGCUCCCCGCCUUUUAUCACAAGCCAGAUGAGGAGAUUGCGCUCGGCCCAGCCUGUUGGCUUUGGGACUGUAGCCGGCGGCUCCGAACGCAGGGCUACUUCAUCCCUCUUUCCGGCGGCAUCGACUCGUGCGCUACCUCGGUCAUUGUCUACAGCAUGUGUCGUCUCGUGCAUCAAGCGUGCACCAACCCCGCCGAGCGAGGUGGCCCUAACAUCCAAGUCUUGGAAGACGUGCGGAGGAUAUGCGGUAAGGCACCAGACUGCACCUGGAUCCCAACCUCACCACAGGAUGUAGCCUUUUCAAGCAAGGGUACCAGAAACAGGGCGAGAGACUUGGCGGAAGCAAUCGGAUUCUAUUACAUCGAUCUCAACAUGGACAAUGUCAUCGACGCGAUCACGGUCCUUUUCACUGCUGCGCGAUUGCGCAUACUCUUGGCUUACAUGUUCGCGCAGCUCACACCUUGGAUUGACUUCAAGCUUCCCAUCCUUCAGAAAUUCUUCGAUGCGGUACCUAUAGCUGCGAUCGAGCCGAUCACAUCGACUUACAUUCAAGCUGAUGAAGCAGACAUCGGCAUAGCCUACGACGGGCUGUCAAUCUUCGGACGCCUGCGCAAGAUCAGCAAAUGUGGCCCGUACAGCAUGUUCUCCAAACUCUACUACGAAUCGCGCGACGAUGCCAAACUCUUCUUCUUCGAGUACGCCAGAAAUAGGCACAAGAUGACGACUUUGACACCUAGCUAUCACGCUGAGUCGUACAGCCCAGACGACAAUCGAUUCGAUCUGCGGCCAUUCUUAUACCCGAGUUGCUUCCCAUUUCAGUUUGGUCUCAUUGGCAACCUCAUCAAGCGACUAUCCGCUUACACACAGCAAAGCCGCAAGUUCGAUGGUCCGCCUCCUGAUCCAUCGUCACGGACCAUGUAG